AUACAUACCUACAAGAAAAAAAAGUGUCCACGCAGAACAUCACAUAACGUUACCUACUAAACUGUCCUUUUAUCUGGUCAAACACAACCUCUGUUUCCUGUAUUCAAUUCCUUCAUUUUUGGCCUUCCUUUCCUUCGUAUUCAACGCAAAAUCUUUUGAUUCUUGUUCUUUAUUCCUAAGUUCAUGAACUACCCAUAAAAAAAUAUGAGGACUCAAAACCAAAACAUAGCAAGUUGGGUCAUCCGUUUUCUUAUUGAUUAAAAUCAAUCUUCUUCAAACCCAUUUCUCAAUCAAUCUCCAACAUGGAAGACAAAGACCCAGAUUUUUCUUCCCCCAAACUCCCCACAACCACACAGGUUGUGGAAGAGCUGAAAGAGCUAUGGAGUUUGGCUUUGCCAAUAACAGCAAUGAACUGUUUGGUGUACGUUCGAGCGGUGGUCUCAGUCCUCUUCUUAGGAAGGCUCGGAAGCUUAGAGCUAGCCGGUGGGGCGCUCUCCAUAGGCUUCACAAACAUCACCGGCUACUCCGUUUUAAACGGUCUCUCCUCUGGUCUAGAACCAGUGUGUAGCCAAGCCUACGGUAGCAAAAACUGGGACCUACUCUCAGUCUCUCUCCACCGCAUGAUCUUGAUCCUGGUAAUGGCAACAAUACCCAUAUCCAUCUUAUGGAUAAACAUAGAGAACAUCAUGGUGUUGAUGGGUCAAGACAGAGAGAUCACAUCAAUGGCGGCGACGUACUGUAUAUAUUCCCUACCGGACCUGUUAACGAACACGCUGUUACAGCCGAUGAGGGUUUAUCUAAGGUCACAGGGGGUGACGAAGCCGAUGAUGUACUGUAGCCUGGUGGCGGUGAUGUUCCACGUGCCGUUGAAUUACGUGGCGGUGGUGGUGCUGGGAAUGGGGGUGAGGGGGGUGGCGAUUGCUUCGGUGAUGACGAACCUGCAGAUGGUGGUGCUGAUGGGGGGGUACGUGUACGGGUACGGGAGAGUGGAGGUGUGGAGAUGGAAGGUGGGGAUUGGAGGAAUGUGGGGUGGGGUGGGUCCGCUGUUGGGUUUGGCUUUGCCGAGUUGUGUAGGGAUAUGUUUGGAGUGGUGGUGGUAUGAGAUAGUGACGGUGCUUGCUGGGUAUUUGGAGACUCCCAGACACACAGUGGCAGCCACCGGGAUUCUUAUUCAGACUACCAGCUUCAUGUAUACUCUUCCCAUGGCCUUGGCUGGCUGUGUUUCUGCCCGAGUAGGAAACGAGCUUGGAGCUGGGAAGCCAUACAAGGCUAAGCUGGCCGCAAUGGUGGCAUUGAGCUGUGCAUUGGUGAUCGGUAUCAUCAAUGUUGUAUGGACAGUGAUCUUCAGGGAAAGGUGGGGUGGCCUAUUCACAAACGAUGAGCCAGUCAAAGCCUUAGUUGCCUUGGUCAUGCCAAUCAUGGGCCUCUGUGAGCUCGGCAACUGUCCUCAAACAACAGGCUGUGGUAUCCUACGUGGCACUGCCAGGCCUGCCGUGGGUGCCCGCAUCAACCUCAUCUCAUUUUACUUUGUGGGCACUCCUGUGGCUGUUGGCUUAGCCUUUUUCCUCAGGGUUGGCUUUAGUGGUCUCUGGAUAGGGCUCUUAUCAGCCCAAGUCGCAUGUGCCGUGUCUAUUCUCUAUGUUGUGUUGAUGCGGACGGACUGGGAAGGUGAGGCUAUGAAGGCUAAGAAAUUUACUAGCAAUGGCUUGGAGAUGAGCAAUGCUACUACUUGCAAUGUGUUGGUGAGAGAUAAGGUUGAAAAUAAUGGAGAGAGAAAAGGGUUUUUAGUUGAUAACAUGGAUGAUGUUUGGUAGAGUGAGAAUUAUACAACUUGGAUGAUGUUUGAAAACAGAAUCGGGUAUAUAACACUAACAAGAGCAGGCUGUGUUUGAUUGGUAAGAUUUACUUUUUGCAAGUGUAUUGUGUUUAAUUUUAUCAUCAAAUUUUGGGCAUGUAGAAUUAUUGAGUACGGAGUUGGCAGGUGGGGAUAUGCUGAUUUGUUUGUUAAGUUUAGUUGCUUUUUGAGAGCAACUCUGAUGCCUUAGUUGAGGCUUUGUGAUAAAAGCUAGGAACUUCAAAGUUAUGUUGUUCAUAUUCACUCUUGUAUAAUAGGUUUGUAAUAGGGUUCAGACUUAAAAUAAAUAUGACCGAAGUAAAUUUCUGAAUAAAAA